AUGGCGCCGCAGCCGGCCGCGGCGCUUCCCCAAGACGUCCUCGCGGAGGUCCUCCGGCGCCUCGCGCCGCUCGUCCUGGCCGCGUCCCGGCGGGUCUGCAGGGCGUGGCGCGACACCGUCGACGCCCGCCUGCGACGCCACCUGCUCUCGCGCUCGGUGCGCGGCAUCUUCAUCAACUUCACCGGCCAUGACUUCUCGGAGUUCUUCUCCCGUCCCUCCACGGGGCCGACGAUCUGCGGAGGGCUCGACUUCCUGCCUACCAAAGGCGUCAAGGUCACGGAUCACUGCAACGGGCUCCUGCUCUGCGGCGAUCGAGAGCGCGACUACGUCGUCAACCCGGCCACACGGCAGUGGGCGCGUCUGCCCCAACGUCCUCCGCCGCAUAUGCCGGGGUUCAGCCAGAGCGCCUACCUCGCGUUCGAUCCCGCCGUGUCGCCACACUAUGAGGUUUUCCUCAUCCCGCGCCUGCCAGAUCCCGACAAAUCGGACGACAAGGCCUUGCUUGAAUCGGAGUGGCCUCCCGCCCUCUAUGUACUGCAUGUGUUUUCCUCGACGGCCGGUCAGUGGGGAGAGAAGACCUUUCUUCGCGAAGGGGAGGCCGCAGGGAUCGUCGGUGACAUGGAUUUCGAUCCAUGGUACCAUCUGUAUCAUGCCGUCUACUGGCGAAGCACGCUCUACAUCCAUUGCCAACAUGGCUAUCUUACCAGAAUGUCCUUGUCAGACCACACGUACAAAGUAAUUGAACUACCGGCUCCCGAUGAGAUGAGAGGAAAUGACUACCAUUUAGGGAGAUCGUUGAGAGGGGUCUAUUGCGCAAAACAUAAUUACUGUAACAUGCUUCAGCUUUGGCACCUCGAUGAAUCACACCAUCAAACUGAAUGGGUGUUCAAUUACGAUAUCGAUCUUAGCACUCUUGAACGCAGGUUCCACAAUUAUCGUAAGAGGUUUGGGGUGGACUCUACUCAACAAAUAGGCAAACCGUGGAUCCUUCAGGACGUUAACAACCGCAAGAUCAGGGAGGAAUAUCAUAAUGGACGUUACAGACCACCCGUGGAAGAGAAAUAUGACUGGAACUCUGAUGAGGAUAACUUUCUUUACAUUGAAGAUGUUGUUGAAGGGGUGUAUUAUAGUGGAAGUUCACAUUUCCUUGGAUUCCACCCCUAUAAGGAGAUUGUCUAUUUUGAAUUACAUAGGGGAAGAGGAGUGGCCUAUGACUGGAAUAGCUCAAAAUUCCAGGACUUGGGCUGUUCAGAACCAACAGAUAACCAUUACUUCGAAGAAGGGACAACCGUAUCUUUCCCAUACACGCCUUGUUGGAUGGGCGAGUUUCCUGGAAACGAAUUCGAAUCUCUACUUGAAGAGGAGGAGAUAGCUAGAAAAAAGUCAGAACUGGAAGCUCAACUUGAAGAUCACUCCAACUUUUCUUGUGCGGACGAGUACGAGUUGCGCAAGUUCAGUGGGCGCGCCAAGAGGGACAAGAACUCGGUCACCAAACUUCGUCGUAGACGCCGCAUCACAGCUCGGUAG